GAUAAAAUCAUUAGACACUUCGUUUUGAUAAUUUAAUUAUACUAAAUGAGUGUUUAUAUUUCAGAGUAUCGCGUUUUAUCUUACUUGGGGUCUGGGUCUGGACAUUAAGUUAUGAAGGUUUAUCAUAACUAAACUUCUCAAAUUUUAGCGAUGAAAAUUGAAAAAAGUCCCAAUUUAGGUUAGAUUGAAGCGGAAGUGCAGAAACUAAAGCAUCUCAAAGGUAUUAUUGGUAUACCAUAAUUACUUGAUUAUGGAAAAACUAAAGAUUUUUGGUAUUUUAAUGUAUUAUUUCAAAUUAGUGGUUAUUUGAUAACACCUAUCUUGAAAAGUAACCUUUAAGACAUACUAAGGGAUAGCUCAAUGACAAUUUCUUAGAUACUUGCUAUUGGAUUAGGCAUUUUAGAAAUUUUAGAAUAAGUUCAUAAAUAAAACGUAUUACACCUUGAUAUAAAACCAGAGAAUAUUAUGUUAAAGGAGUUUCAUAUAAAUUUUCCUAUAGAACACAUUUUAAAACCUGGUUUUAUUUAAUUAAUAGAUUUUGGAUUGUCUCAGAGAGCAGGAUCAAAAAUUUCAUAAAAUAAAUAUUUUGUGGGUUCUUUAAGAUAUGCAAGCAGAUAGGCUCAUAAAGGAAAUUAGCUUCAUUUUAAAGAUGAUUUAGAAAGUCUUCUAUAUAUGUUAGUGUAUUUAAGAAACAGUAAAAUAAUUAAUUUUUUAUUUUAGAGAAGCUUCCAUGGUAAUGUAAUUAACAAUAUAGAUCUUAAUAGUUAGAAAUCAGAAAAAUAGGAGAAAUUAAGGAAGCGGUAUUUAAUACAUUGGUUUUAACAUAAAAAUUUCCAUAAUUAUUUAUGAAAUUUAAAUAAUAUAUUGAUGAACUAACUUACAUGGAGAUGCCAGAUUAUAAUUAUUUAAAAUUACUAUUUAGAUAAAUGUUAAAAUUAGAGAACUUUUCUAAUUCAUUUCAAAAUAAGUUUUCAUUUUCAUAAAGUAAUUCAUUUAACGAGAAUAAUUAAAUUUAAAACGCAGAGAUGAUGAUUUUAUCAUUUAGAAAUUUAUAUAAAAAUGAUUCUUAAAAAUGCGAGGAAGACUUAUUUGACACAGAAACCUCUUUUGUUUAAAUAUCAGAUUGGGUGAAAACCUAUAAUACUCAAACUACAAAGUCAAUUAUAGAUAUUAAAUUUGAUUCUAAAUGUUCAUGA